AUGGCAUUGUACACUGGGAACAAGCCGUUGCUCUACAAGGUGUUCCUCUCUUCCUUCUGGGAAAUUGCAUCAGAUUGGUUUCACAAGUUGCCAAAAGGAAUUGUAAAAACCUACGAAGGCCUGGCCGAGAUGUUUGUGGCUAGGUUCGUGACAAACAAGUUACAACCAUUGAGAGUGGAUGCCCUGAUGGCCUUGAGAAUUAGUGAGGACGAAAGCCUUAGAGCCUAUGCCAAAAGAUAUUAUGAGGUAUUCAACCGAAUACCAGGAUGCAACCAAAAGGUGGCGGUUGUGUCAUUUAAGAAUGGACUAAAAGAUGACUGCCUACUUCAAAAAUCGCUGGCAAAGACAUUGUCGAAAAGCAUUGAGGAGCUUAUGGCCAGGAUAGAGAAGUAUGACAAGGCCGAGGAGGACACGCCGGGGACAAACGUGUUGAAACUAGAGAAGAAAAACGGCUCGCCGAAGCGAGGCCGAGGUGAUAGUGGAUACAAUAAACCAGAGACAGGAUUAAGGGCUGCACAGGCAGUCACAACCGUAUUCCGAAUCCCUAUCUACAAAGUCCUGGAGAAAAUCUGA